AUGGAUGAAGAUGUUCAAGAUGGAGUCAAGCAGCAGAUAGACGGCACCUUGCACCAGUUCUUGGUCCUGCUGGAGAGCGCCGAUGCAACACCAGGGCCUGCCAACCCAAGCAGUCUGACAGGAAGACGCCAGCACAGGAAGAACGCUCUCCCCAGGUUCAUAACCUUAAAGGUGGGGGAAGAAGGUAAGAGGGUGUGUGUGGGAUACGAGGACGGCUCCGUGCGGCUCUGGGACCUGAAGCAGGGAAACGCCCUCCACGUCAUCAAGGGCAGCUAUGGCCACCAGGGGGCUUUGACAUGUCUGGACGUCAACAAGGACGGAACUCUGGUGAUCACCGGGGCAACGGACGGCCAGGCCAAACUCAUCAACACAAACACCGGCAAGGUGGUGUGUUCGUUCUCUGUGGAGCCUAAAGCCAGAAGCCCACAUGACGAUGAGGAAUCCAACUCAGUAGAAUCAGUCGGGUUCUGCAAAACGUUGCCCCUGGUAGCGGUGGGCUAUCUGGAUGGAACUCUGGGGGUGUUUGAUCUCUCCACUCAGACGCUCAGACACAGAUGCCAACACCAGGCCGGUAUAGUGCAUCUCCAAUGGGAGGAGUCUUCCUCAGUAGUGGCCACCUGUAGUCUGGACGGGGCGGUUCGGUUCUGGGAUGCCAGAUCAGGAGCUGUGGUGGCGACAUACAGAGGACACACUGCUGAGAUACUGGACUUCACACUCACCAGAGACGCCUCCAUCGCCGUGACAGCAGGAGGAGACCACAAGGCCAAAGUCUUCUGUCUGCAGAGACCCGACCGCUAACACCAGAACCAGAACCAGGAACCCAGAACCCGAGAACCAGGAGACCUGACGGCUAACCGCUAACCAGAACUAAGACCCUAAACCAUAAACCCACACUAGAACCACACCACAGACCCCACCGCUAUCCAGAACCCUUAACCCACACCACAGAGCCCGCUGCUAACCGCUAACCAGAACCCACAACCACAGAACCAGCCGCUAACCGCUAGCACCAAGAGACUGCUAUCCAGGACCCAGAACCCUGAACCAGGACAAUACCCCAGAACCCUGAACCCACACCACAGACUGCUAACCCUAGAUCAGGAACCCAGAACCACAGACUCCACCGCUAACCAGAAACCAUACCACAGACUGACUGCUAGCCAGGAGACUCGACCCGAAAUUAGCUUUCAAAUAAAGAAAGAAGGAAAUAUCCCACAGAGCUUUUAAAUCAAUCAAUCAAUCAAUCAAUAAAUAUAUAUAUAUAUAUACAGUGCUGGCCAAAAGUAUUGGCACCCCUUCAAUUAUGUCAUAUAAUACUCAAUUUCUUCCAGAAAAUGAUUGCAAUCACAAAUGCUUUGGUAUUCAUAUCUUUAUUUGUUUUUCUUGCAUUGAAAAAACACAAAAGAGAAUGGAAAAAAAAGUCCAAUGAAUGAUCAUUUUACACAAAAAAAUCGUCCGGAAAAGUAUUGACACCCUCAGCCUAAUACUUGGUAGCACAACCUUUCGACAAAAUAACAGCGAACAACCACUUCCGGUAACCAUGAAUGAGUUUCUUACAACGCUGUGCUGGAAUUUUAGACCAUCCCUCUUGAGAUUUGAAGGGUGCGUUCUCCACACUGCCAUUGUGAGAUCUCUCCACAGGUUAUCUAUGGGAUUCAGGGCAGGACUCCUACAUUCAUUUAUGCUGCAAAAUUUGUUGAUAGUCUUCAGACUUCAGAAUUCCAUGCACAUGGUCAAGCAGUCCAGUGCCAGAGGCAGCAAAGCAGCCUCAAAACAUCAGGGAACCUCUGCCAUAUUUGACCGCAGGGAUUCAUUUUAGUUAACAGGGAAAAAAUGAGGCCUUCAAAGAAAUGAACACGGUCCCUACAGUCAAACAUGGCAGAGGUUCCCUGAUCCGAAAUGACAAGGAGAAGGAAAUAUCCCACAGAGCU